CGAAGAUGUCGGUGGUGUAGCGGUGGGGGUGGGUGGAACGUGGAGUUCCUUUUGGUGUAAUCACGCAAGGAACGUACCGUAAUCUACUGCGGGCCGCAGGCGAGCCGGCAUGGAGGCGACGCCGGCGUUCGGCGUCUCGGACGCCUGGCUGCCCAAGAAGGACGCUCUCGAGCACCAGUACUGCCUGAAGGAGGGCGAGCUGGAGUCGACGACGGUCGACGAGAUGGGCCUGCUGCCGAGCGGUGACGCGCCCACCGCCGACGAGCCGGCCGCCGACGGCGCCGACACCGGCGUCACGCCCUUCAGGGUGACCAUGUACCAGUGCGCCCAGUGCAAGAACACGUUCAGCACACUGGACCAGUGCGUGAACCACCAGUGCCUGGGCGCGGCGGUCGACUCGAGCCAGCCGGCCGCCGUCACCCAGGAGGCCGUACUGGACGCGGACACGGGGCACUCGAACUACCGCUGGGCCCAGCAUGACACCGAGGCGUUGCUGGAGAUCCUGACCGAGAGUGUGGACAAGUUCACCAACCCCAACAUCAAGCGGAAGUUCAUAUGGAUGCAAGUAUGCGAUCAAAUGACGGAGAGGGGAUUCAAUAUCAGUCAGAUCCAGUGUGAAAACCGCUGGAAAACGCUGAAGGCGAUGCAUCGCAAGAGCCAGGCGACGGGCUCGUCGCCUCCCUUCUACCGGGAGAUGUGCACGCUGUCGGCCGAUUAUCCACAGCUGAUGACAGACGGCGUGUGCCUGGGCGGCGACCGCGAGCCCGGCGCCGGCGGCGACAGGGCAGGGACGGCCAACCUGAACAAGACGGUGUGGAACCGCGAGGCGUCGUUGACCAUGCUGGCGCUGCUAAAGGCGCGCCACAAGGAGUACUCGGACCCGAGCAUCAAGCGCCGCUUCCUCUGGGGCGAGAUCUCCGAGGCCAUGCGCAACAUCAGCAUGGACUACACGCCCGAGCAGUGCGAAGGUCGCAUGAAGACGCUGCUGCAGGCCUACAAGCGGGCCCAAAUGCGCUGGGAGCUGUCCGGCGAGGAAGUCGAGUCCGACUGCUACUACCAGGUGGACGAGCUGGUGCGACUGAUCCCAGAGCUGGCGGCGGGCGCGGCCGGGCGCGGUGGCGCCGA